GAAAGGCUCGAGUUCCGUUGCGGUCAGUCUGCGAUUGAAGAGCUCUCGACUCGACGAGCCCUUGGCGUUCGUACCGGCGGGGAAAAUAGAGAAAAAAAAUAAAAAAAUUAUCCCUCGAAUAUUUCCUCCGAGCGCGUUUUCGACCACCCUCGAUGGCCCGCGGGACGUUUAUCUCUGUCCUUUUGUGCUCGGCAAUUGGUUCCGCCUUCUCCUGGGUCAUUAGAACGGAUGUGCCGGACAUCGAGGCAGUUGACACUAACGAUCUUCGAGAAACUAGACAAGAACGCUUAAAUUUGAUCUUCCCCGGGACUAAAUGGUGCGGAAGUGGAAACGUAUCGGAGAAUUACGACGAUCUUGGAAUAUUCGCGGAGUCGGACGCAUGCUGCAGAGCCCACGAUCACUGCGACGACGUCAUCGAGGCCAUGCACACGAAAUACAAUCUCACUAAUCCGUCGUUUUACACGAGGUUGAAAUGUUCCUGCGAUGAGAAAUUUUACGACUGUCUCCACGGUUCGAGCGACGAUAUCGCGGAUAAGGUUGGAAUACUGUACUUCAGUUUCCUAGGGACAAAGUGCUUCCGUAACGAUUACCCGAUCGUUGGUUGUAAGCGUUACCACCCGUACCCAAAACGCUGCCUGGAAUACGAUCUGGACGAGCGCCAGCCAAAGAUGUACCAGUGGUUCGACGUACCUCUUUACUGAUUCGAGGACAAUCUUCUCCGAGUACCUAGAGGUAUAGGUAUAGAAAUCCUCCUACCUGCCGCUCGCAGACGAUUUCGCAAUUACUUUUUUCCCCCUUUUUUUUUUUUAUUUUAAUUUUUUUUCUUGGUUUUUUCGCUUUGCUUUCAAAACUAAAACAGACGUUCUACCCCGUAGUCCCGUUAGCGAUUCCUUAAUUAAACGAACGCUGUUGGACCAGUUCGAUUCGUUUACAACAUUAAUGGUGAAAUAAACUAGUAACGGAAAUUUCUACGUCCUGAUGGUAUUUCUAUAACAUCGCGCCGUAGUUCGGUAUCGGGAUACCCGCGAUUCUACGGGCGUGUAAUGUAAUUAAAUUUUUCUUCAAUUUUUUAUUUCACCAGAUGAACAGGACACGUCCCUACGGUUUAAAAUAAUUAAUAGCCUUCUUCUACAGCUGUUGACAUAUUUCGAAGUACAGUUAAAAAUUCAUGGCAAAACUAAAGUUUGCGCUUUGCCAAAGUGUUGUGUAUAUAUUGAAAAUAAAACUACUGUUUAUACAA